GAUACAUCCAAAGCCAUAACGCUCAAUCAGAUACCCCCAAAUUAAAGCCCCUUCUCUCACACCAAAGUCCCCUUCUCUCUUUCACUCUGAACAGAGACAAUAAGCUUCCCCAAAUCAGGUCCUCUCUCCAAAUCCCUAAAGGCUAAAUCCAACACCAGUGAUUUUUGCUAGGAUUUGGCUCUUGUAACAUUUUACAGUCGUCGAGGCUUGAAUUAAUGUAGAACCGAGGUUUGGAAAGUCGCUGGAAAAUAGCUAUAUUUUCCAUUGAGGCAGUCAGGGUGCUGUUCGAAAUUAGCUACAUAGAGAAAGAAUAUGGAGGUCGUUGAAUUUUCUGGUGUAGCAGCGAAGCGAGUGAAGCUGCUAGCCUAUUUAAUUAAAAAAGAAGGGAUCAAUGUACUUUUAUUUAAACACGACCAGCAACAACAACGACUAGGGUUCCCUUUCAGUUCAAAUUCUGACAGACAUGAGUCAAGAAAGACCUUCAAAGCCCAAAAGAAAGACAAGUGCGGCAUACGCAAAACCUGGAACAAUGGCAUCUUUGGCAAAUCAAAUAAGGAGUUCGUUUAGCCAAAAAUAUGGUGUUCCCGCUAGACAUCAAAGAAAGAUCUUUCGAAUAUUAUUGAAGAGAAUCUGCCACAAUAUCCAGGAGUAGUAGCCCAUGUACAAACUAGAUCAACCACUGCUGCAAAAUAUGUUGUUCCUGCUAAACAAUCAAACAAAGAGCAUCCGAAUAUCAUUGAAGAGAAUAUGCUACUGCCAAAAUAUUCAGGAGUGGCAGCUCAUGUACAAACUAGAUCAACCACUCCUGCCACACAAGUAAUAGAUGAACAAGUGGAGGAACAAGUUCAGUUGGAUUCUACAACUCCUACUGUAGAUGAACAAUCUGAAGAACAAGGCCCUUCUAUUCAACCAAGAAAAAGAGAUAGAACAAAGAUGAAAAAUGUACAUGGACGCCAGGAGCCUAAAGUGAUUUUACUUAACCACUUAAAUCAACCCGUUGGUCCAAGUGAUAAAGUUGUGACAGAGUUUGGAAGCUUCCUCGGCACAUUGGCAAGGAAUGCGACUCUAUGUCCUCUUGAUAUUUUGGAUUGGAGGAAGAUGGACACAAAAGAGGAUAUAUGGGAAUAUACCAAGGAUAAGUAUGAUAUUCCUGAAGCUGGAAAAAAAUAUACUUUGGAAUCAGUGCAAGCUGCCUGGAAAAAGCACAAGAGUAGAUUGAAAAAGGAUCACUUUUACUCCUAUCACAAUGAUGAAGCUCGAUUGCAAAAUAUCCCGGAAGAUGUUCCAGCUUCUCAGUUUAAGGAACUCCUUAGGUAUUGGAACUCAGAGAAACUACAGGUUGGAAACACGUGCAAAUAGGCUUAGAGGACAACGUGGAAAACAAAAACACCACCAAAAGUGGCUUGGCUUGAUGGACUGCUGU